GAAUAUGAUAGAUGUGGGCGCUAUGGACUUACACAAUCUUGAAAACGAGGAGUAUAACGAUAGAAUAAAAUUAUAUUCCCAACGCUUGCAGCAACAAUGGAAUAAUAUUCAGCAUCCAAGUAAAGGAGCUUCAGUUGUUGCGGCUCUUGCAGCUGUCGGAAUCGACAAGAUUCUACGCAGCAGGAUCGCUGGAUAACGUGGUGGGCAAGCGUUCUGAAAGGACGAGUUCCGUACCGUCUUCGCUUCUCUGUAUUUAAGUAACUACAAUCCAGUAGACUGCGUUCGGUCGGAAAGGAUAAGUUUCCGGGCCGCCUUACCCUGGUGUUGGGUAGUCGAUCUGAAAGAACGAGUUCCGUUGCCCAAAUUGAUAUAUUGCGUAUAUCGAAAUCUAUACAUAGUAUAAAGGAAAAGUCGAGAUUCUUUGUACGCGGUAAUCUCGAAGCCUACUGAACGGAUUUUGACGAGAUUUUCUCUAAUAUACUCUGUAUCCAUCAAUCAUAAUAAACGUAGGCGCCAGUUCUGCACCGCCACUAUCAAAUGAAAAUA